ACAAUCUUCAUCAUAUCACUUGCCUAUUAAGGCGGUCCUUUGGCAGAAGGACGCAGCUGCUCAUUUCUUGGGUGCCUUACUUGCACGCGCUCCAAUCAAAAAGGGUAAAAGUGAAGAGAGUCACCGUGUGACUGAAGAGGCCGCGCGGAUGUGGCGGAAUUAGGGUAUUAUCGAUUAUAGACAGGAGGUGGGGAAUAAAAUAAUAAACCUGGUGGAAGUGAACUGCGUUUCAAACUUUCCCAAUGUCUGCCUGACGCAGCUCUUCCAUUCACUCGCUAAAGCAUUCAGAGGCGGUAACCAUGAUGAGAUAUGUGAAACGUAGCAAGAAGAAGUUUGUGAUUCUUUGCCUGUUAAUCAUUGUUUCAGUACUUUCACCGUACUUCAUCACCAUUGUCAGAUACAUGGAAGGUUUGCUGCCCAUGGAUAUGUGUAACCUACCGCAUGGUGGUCACCUUCAACUUGGCAGUCAUGUUGAGAAUUCUCUUGAUCUCUGGUCCAGGGCAGACGUACAGACCUGUACAUACUGGGGCGCCCCAAUUAUCUGGGAGAGGACCUUUGAUCCCCAAUACUAUGAUGAAGAAUAUGCAAAACAGAAUGUUACCAUUGGACUCACAGUGUUUGCAGUUGGAAAGUACCUGGAUAUGUACCUGAAGUUAUUCCUAACAACAGCUGAAAUGCACUUUAUGGUUGGUCACAAUGUCAUCUAUUAUGUGUUCACUGAUAUGCCACAGAAUGUACCAAAGGUCCACCUUGCAAAAAAACGUCAGCUGCGCAUCCUUCAAGUAGAAAGGCACAGUCGUUGGCAAGACAUCUCCAUGAUGCGCAUGAAGUUCAUCAACCAGGCUAUUCAUAAUUUUAUCAGCUACGAAGUGCAGUAUGUUUUCUGCAUGGAUGUUGACCAAUACUUUCAGGGUCGUUUUGGAGUAGAGACACUGAGCAGUUCUGUAGCUUUGCUGCAUUCCUGGUAUUAUCGGAGGUUUAAAUUUCUUUACAGCUAUGAUCACAAUCCCAAAUCCACAGCAUUUCUUGCCCAGGAGGAGGGCGACUUCUAUUAUCAUGCUGCAGUUUUUGGCGGUAAAUGGGAAAGUGUCAAGAACAUCACAGAGUUCUGCUAUCAAGGUAUACUGCAAGACAAGUUAAAUAAUGUGGAAGCCCUAUGGCAUGACGAAAGCCAUCUGAACAAAUACUUCUGGCAACACAAACCCACAAAAGUGCUAUCUCCUGAGUACUGCUGGGACAAAAACAUUGGCUUCCGAAAAGACAUUUGGCUUCAUAGGUUAACAUGGGCCAAAAAACAGUACAGUAUGGUGCGGUAGCAACUGUUUGCUCUUUACAGGAAGAUAAUUCUGGAAAUGAUUGCACUGAUUCCUGAUGUCAUAGGUACAGACUUGAUUUAUAUCAAUGUAAACAUUAAAACAUCCUGUGAUAAUCUUUCCUACAGUUGAGGUGACUACUGCGCAAUCAUGUUUCCUGCUUAUACAUCAUGUUCAGACCAACUCAUGUUGACUGUUGUUUAUUUGAAACAGGCUAGGCUUUUGCAAAAAAGGCU